AUGAUUAUUUCUCUCUUCCAAUUCGCCCUUUUCAGCGUGGGGUAUGCAACACAGGAGGUGUUGCGGCCUGCAUCAGACGGCUACAAUGAAUUUCGCAUUGUUCGGAGCAGCCAUUCGCCGGGUCACUCAAUUCGAAUCAAACAGCAAAACGAGUCCAUCUGCGCAGCAGGCUCGCCUCAAUACACCGGCUGGCUCGAUGUCGGCCACAAGCAUCUUUUCUUCUGGUACUUUGAGAGCCAGAAUGAUCCCUCCAACGACCCACUGACUUUGUGGAUGACCGGGGGGCCCGGCGAUUCCAGUAUGAUUGGCCUGUUCCAGGAGGUUGGCCCCUGUCUGGUCAAUAAACACGGCAACGGGACCUACCACAACCCCUGGGGGUGGUCGCGCAACUCAUCGCUGCUUUUUGUCGACCAGCCCGUCGAUGUCGGGUUCUCCUACAUUGAUGAAGGGCAUGAGCUGCCACGGGACUCGAAGGAGGCUGCGGUUGACAUGCACCGCUUUCUGCAGCUGUUUGUCUCGGAAGUCUUUCCUCGCCUGCAGGAUCUUCCUGUCCAUCUUUCUGGGGAGUCAUAUGCGGGUCACUAUAUCCCGUACCUCGGCGCUCAGAUCAUACGACAGAACGAGCUUUAUCCCAAUGAGCCACAAGUUCAGCUAAAGUCGUGUCUGGUGGGCAAUGGCUUUAUGUCCCCGCGAGAUACAACGUUUGGGUAUUGGGAGACGCUCUGCACCACGAAUCCAGGCGUGGAGAAGCCCGUAUUCAACCAGACUCGCUGUGAUAUCAUGGCCGCGAACAUGCCCCGGUGCAUGGACAUCAGUGCGGUGUGUGUCCAAAAUCCGGAUCCAGCUUUGUGCAGCGCUGCCUUCUCUGUCUGUUACGAGGGUGUAGUCGGUUUCUACGAAGACGAGGCCGGUAAAGGGGGUCGUAACAGAUUUGACAUCACGGCGCCUUGCGGAAUCGACGAGAUGUGCUACAUCCAAGCUGCACGCGUUGAACAAUAUCUCAACACACCAGCUGUCUGGGAGGCCCUGUCACCCCCAAAACAGGUUACCGAAUACAAAUUGGUCUCGGAAGCGGUAAUUCAGGCGUUCGCAAAGACUUCGGACGGCAUGACGUCCACUUCUGAUCUGGUCGCGUUUCUCCUGGCAAACCAGGUCCAUUUCCUGGCUUAUCAGGGUAAUCUCGAUCUCGCCUGCAAUACAGCCGGGAACCUCCGCUGGGCGCAUUCGCUGUCCUGGAGGGGUCAGGCUGAGUUCACGUCGAAGCCACUACGCCACUGGCGGUCGCUUGUUGCGGCUACGGGCCGGAAUGAGACGGUUGGUACCAUGAAGGAAGUUCGGGUGCGUGUGGGUGAUGCGGAGACUGAGUCGCGAUUUGCGCUUGUCACAGUGGAUGGUGCUGGUCAUCUACUUCCUCAAGAUCGACCAGAUGUAGCUCUUGAUAUGAUGGUUCGGUGGAUUACUGGCGCGACCUUUGCCUGA